UUCUCUAAUUACAAUUCUUGGAGAUAAAAGAAUCCAAAAAGGAGAGAAUUUCAGCAAAACCAAGAGAAGACAGAAAUGGAGAUUCAAGCUCAGGAAGCAGCUCAAAAUGACACUCAAAUUCUGUAUGAAGCAAGCAUGAGGGGAUGUGUAGCCACCUUGAACACAUUGAUACAGAAUGAUCCAUUCAUUCUCCAUAAAAUUUCACUCACUCCCUUCACUGAAACUCCCUUGCAUAUCUCAGCUUUGCUUGGUCAUGUUGAGUUCACCAAAGCUAUUGUGAGCCAAAAGCCUCAACUUGUCACAGAGUUGGACUCUUUCAAACGCUCACCUCUUCACUUGGCUGCUGCUGAGGGCCACGGUGAAAUUGUCAAAGAGCUGUUAAUAGCAAAUAAGGAUCUUUGCUUGGUCAUGUUGAGUUCACCAAGGCUACUGUCAGCCAAAAGCCUCAACUUGUCGCAGAGUUGGACACUUUCGAACGCUCACCUCUUCACCUGGCUGUCGCUGAGGGCCACAGCGAAAUUGUCAAAGAGCUGUUACUAGCAAAUAAGGAUUUGAGUAUGUUUACUGACCAAGAGGGGAGAAAUCCUCUCCAUUUGGCUGCAAUGAGAGGGAGAGUUGAGGUGAUCAAAGAGCUGAUAAGUGCAAAACCGGAAUCAAUUUUUGAGCCAAUCCGUGGAGAAACAGCUUUACAUUUGUGUGUUAAGCACAGUCAUUUGGCUGCACUCAAAGUAUUGGUGGCAUCAGUUGAUGAUGAGGAAUUUCUCAACUCCAAAAACCUUGAAGGAAACUCUAUCUUGCAAGUAUCUACUAUGUUGCAGUAAUAUGAGGUAUAAGCCCUUUUAUCUCGUGCUUAAUUUGCUUAAAUUCUAGGUACGAUUAGAUUCAAACCGAGUUUAUUUAAAUUUGAGUUAAGUUAG